GGUCAUGAUGGAGACGGCCGGAUGCAGUUAACGCUCCGUCUACGUAAGAGAGAGGCCGAGAUUUGAGGCGGUGAAGCCCCGUUUCCAUGGUGAUGGCGAUGACGGUAGAGUAAUGACGUCAUUCCGAAGGACGUCGCACUUGCCUGUCGGGCUUCCUGGGCCUUGUGAACCGGUCGCGUCCGGGAGGCUACUGUCUUGGCGAGGCAUCGGUGCCUUCGCCUGCUGCUGUCCCGCAGUGCGCUGAGUUUGGUUUCGUUCUCUUGCUAUUGUGUCCAGGCCUACCCCCAUAGCUUUCGCUUUGUCGCCUAAGAUCUCCAUUUUUAGCUGAAACCCCCACCAAAUAUCUUCAUAAUGAGUACAGCUGCAGAGCGAAAGUUCAUUAAUCUAAGGAAGCGGUUGGAUCAGCUUGGAUACCGACAACCACUGGGAGUGGAGAGUUUACCUUUGGUGGAAAAGCUUUUUAGUGAUCUUGUUCAUACAACUGAGAGCCUCCGGAGUGCAAAGUUAUCUGCUGGAAAAAUUGAAAAAGAAUAUAGUAACUUUGAUGUUGUUUUGGAACCUUAUCGAGAAGAAAAUGCUAGGCUCACCCGUGAAAAUAAUGAACUACAUUUAGAAGUUCUGAAACUGAAAGAGCAAUUGGAACAGCGGGUUAAAGAUUUGAAAGUUACACUGAGGAAACUUGAACAUGAAAAUGCAGAUAUGAAGUUUCUGAAUAACCAAUAUAUACAUAAAAUUAGAUCAUUAGACAAGGAAAAUAAAGCCAAAACUGAAAAGAUCCAACAGCUCCAGGAGAAAAAUCUGCAAGCAGUGGUUCAGACACCAGGUGGUAGGAAAAGAAAUAUUCCAUUCAGGAGACAACGUAUGCAGAUUGAUCAACCAGUACCUCCAUCAGGAAUUGGUGCCUAUCCAGUUCCUCAGCCUGAUGAUCCAUAUAUUGCCGAUCUUCUGCAGGUGGCAGACAACAGAAUUCAUGAACUGCAGUUAGAAGUGGCUGACUUGCAGGAAAAGCUAGAAAUAGCUGAACGUGGAAUGAAAAAUUACAGCAAACAGGUUGAACUGCGAGACAGUGAGAUUGAACGUUUAGCACUAGCAAUGAAUGGUGGUCGGUCUCAUGAAGCCAUAUCUCUGGAAGCCAAAAGCAGAAGUAAUGAAAAAAUAAUUGCUCACUUAAAUUUGCAGGUUGAAUUCCUGCAGCAGACCAACAAAGAGCUUGAAAUGCGCAUACAGGAUCUUCUGGACAGUAGACAAAAUGUGACUAGUGAGGUCGUUCAAUUAAGUAAUAAGAAUGAAGAACUGUGCCAAGAAUUGAGUGAAAUAGAUCACUUGGCCCAACAGUUGGAAAGGCACAAAGAAAUUGUACUUGAAACUGCAGAUAAAGAAAUUGGAGAAGCUAAGGAAGAAAUAAAGAAAAAAUACAGUGAAAUCCAAGAUCGUGAAGAGACUAUAGCAAGGCUUAAAUCAGAGCUAUCUUCAUAUCAUAGGGAAAAAGAUAGGCUGACUGAAGAACUGUUUGGAAAAGCAGAGGAAAAACAAAAUCUUGAGCUGUUGUUAAACCAGGCUCAAUUGGAGAACCAUAGACUGGCCAAAAAACUUGAAAACUUUGAAAUUAUAGAUCGGGAACUUGUUAAAGAACUAGAAAGAAUGAGAUUAGAAGGUGGCAUAGCACUUGGAGACAAAUCACCUUCUCGACUAGAUGCAUUUAUAAAGACGAUUGAAGAGGACAGGGAUUACUACAAGCGAGAACUAGAAUGUCUCCGGAAGAUGCUUAAACGAAAAUCUAGCCCAUUACGCAGAUCCCCAGAAAGGAAUGAUGAUCUUAGAUUAGUUACCAGAGAGAGAGAUGAGCUGCAAUCUAUGCUAGAUAAAUUUGAAAAACACAUGAUAGAAAUUCAGUCUAAUGUCAAACUGUUAACGGCAGAAAGAGACAAAUUAAAUAUUCUUUAUGAACAGUCUCAAGAUGACUUAAAUCGUUUACGGAAAGAAACAAAAACUUGUUUGCUCACUCAAAGUCAUGCUGAAGAGGAGAGAAACAUUGCAUUGGCUGAUUUCAGAAGGAUAGUGGCAGAGAAAGAAGAACUGAGAGAGAAAUUAAAGAUUCAUCAGAAAGAGGAUGCUUUAGAAAAAUCAAAGUUGGAACAGGAAAUAUCAGAGUUGGAAAGUACUAUUCAAAGGCUGGAAACAGAACAACUUGACCAGAUAACUACUAUAUCAUUACUGAAAGACAAAAUAGUCUGCUUAGAAGAUGAAUUAAAUGUCAAGUCUCAUCAACUCUCCCAGUCAUCUGAAGAUACUUUACAAUUUAAGACAGAAGUAAACUCACUUAAAUUGCUAAAUGAACAAAUACAGAAGUCAUUAAAUGAGGUUCAGCAUCAGUUGUCCCUUAAGGAAGAUCAAGUUCACUCUGCUCAAGAAAAGAUUGCAAUGUUGGAAGAUAAAAUGGAUAAAUUCAAUAGUAAAAACUCCACACAAGAUGAGACUAUCAGUGUGCUCAGAAGUACUAUUAAUAUCUUGGAUAAGGAAAAGGACAGGCUUCAGGAAUGUGUAGAUGAAAAGACAGAAAGAAUUGCAUAUCUAGAUGACAAUUUAGCCAAUAAGGAAAAAACUAUUGUCACUUUGAGACAAACACUUACGCAAUUGGAGUCAUCCUUAGACCAAUUAAAGGAUGCCUUGAGUGGUAAAGAUCGUGAACUAGCCAGUUUCCGUCGCCAGCUAGAUGCAAUACACUCUGAGCUUGGAGAAACCAGCAGGGUGAAAGAAAUUGCUCUGAAAGAAAACAGAAGAUUACAGGAUGAUCUGACCACAAUGGCAAGAGAAAACCAGGCAAUCUCAACUGAAUUGGAAAUAGCUUUACGUGAAAAAGAAGACAUGAAAAUUAGAGUGCAUAAUUACAUAACGGAAGUCUCCAGGUUUGAAAGUUUAAUGGCCUCAAAGGAAAGAGAAAACAAGGAGCUGUUAGAGAAGUUUCAGAUGCUCCAUAGCCAGGCUGAGGACUGGGAAGUAAAGGCCCAUCAAGCUGAGGGACAAAGCAGUUCUGUACGACUGGAGCUCCUUUCUGUUGAUACUGAGCGAAGACAUCUUAGGGAGAGAGUGGAACUGCUGGAAAAAGAAAUUCAAGAGCAUAUCAUUGCACACCAAGCUUAUGAAUCACAGAUCUCUUCAAUGGCAAAAAAUAUGGCCAAACUGGAGGAAAGUCUCAGGCAAGAAAAAGAAGAAAAGUCUUCAGUCAUUGUUGAUGUUACUUCUGUUAGAGAAAUGUGUGUUAAACUGGAAUCUGGGAAAGACCUUCUCUCACGUCAGUUAACUUCCAAAUCUCUGGAAUUAGAAAGGAUUAUGUCAGAAUUGGAAGAAGCAAAAGCAGAGGCAGAACUUUUAAAAAAGCAACUAUCCAGUGAACGACUUACAAUACAAAACCUGGAAACAUUGUUGGCUACUAGCAGAGACAAAGAUUUUCAGAAUCAUUUGAUAACCCAUGAGAAAGAAUCAGAAAUACAGCUACUCAAAGACAAGUUAACACUCUCAGAAAGUAAACUCACAAGUCUUAAUAGAGAAGUUUCUAUACUCCGAAAUAAACUUGCACAGCUGCAGGCUGAUUAUGAUAUUGUAAAAAGACAGCUGACAACAGAACGAUUUGAACGGGAACGUGCCAUUCAGGAGAUGCGACGGCAUGGCCUCUCUACAACUUCUCUACAUGCCUCAUCUCCACUUAGCUCAACAUUGAGAUCUCCUUCCCAUUCUCCAGAGAGAGCACUUACAGAACGGACAGACAAAAAUGUGGGCUUCAAGGAUUAAUCAGUUACUUUAACAGCAGAACAAUAAUGGAAGGUUUAACAUGUUUGGACUUGUUGUCAACGUUGACACGAAUUCUACCUCUAAAAUAUUGUUAAAUCAUUAACACCAUAGAAAACUGAAGCAACAGAAUCUUGUAGGAAUGUUUAAUGCGUGAUCAAUCCUUGCUACAUUUUGUUACUGCAGUUCAACUGAGAUAUUUCCUCUUAGCUAUGCUGAAGGGCAUUGUAGAUUAGGACCAAAUUUUCAGUUGGAGUAAGUGGUGUGGAUUGUUAACUUCAUUUUGAUAUUUAUGCUUAUUCAAGUUUGCUUAAAUCAGACAUGGAGUUGCAAGCUGCUACUGCUGUUUAGUCAAAACAGGUAAAGAUGGGAAGUAUCUCUGUUUUGCGGAGGACUAGCAGAGGCUUAGUGGUAUUAUACGAUGCUACCCUUUGUUUAUACUCUGCUAAUCUGAUAUGAUUUAUAUAUAAUAAGUUAUUGUUCAUCUUAACCUGACUUUGCUCAAUAACCAUAACAAAGAUGUCAAACAGUGACCAGGAUAUAUUAGUAAUUUUAUCUUUUUAAUGAAUGCUUGAUCUAAUCUUCAGAACUGAGCCUAUAUUCUAAAAAUCAGUUUGAAUUUUUAAAAAGAAAAUUAUGUGUACUAAAUGAUCAUGUUAGUAUUAAAUAAUGCAAUGUAUUUGUUUGUCUUAAAGAGAGUUGGCAACAUAAUUUAUUUUUUUUUAAAGUUCAGAAAUAAAGUUUGAAGAGAUGGCACAGCUGAGCUCCAGCUUUUAAGGGCAUAAAACAAGGGAGGUUAGAUAGAAAAAUUAUUAGGUAAGUAAGCAAGUAAGAAUCUUAUUUCAAGAAGACUGAUCAUCUUGAAGUUCUUGUCAUAAUAAUGUCACAAUAGCAGGUUCAAGCAUACAUUCCACAAUAGAGUCUACACUACUAAUUCCACCUUGGAUCUAUCAUCAAUCAGCAAUCUUUCCCUGGAAGAGAAGUAUGUUAAAAUACAGAGCUGCUUCUCUGUACUAGUUGCCCAUUUUUUGUUUCUGCGUGUUUUAAAGGAGAUGGAUUUGUCUUUGGAAGGAUAUCUCUGGAUUGAAUGUUCAAAGACUUCCAUGUGCAUACUAAAAGCCAUCUGUGUAUCAGAAUGUACAUGAAAUGCUAGAUUAGUGUGUAUAUCUGGAAUAAUUAUAUUUCUGCUAUACUAAUGUUUCUAAAAUAUUAAUGCUUAAUAUCCUUCUGCUGUAACAUAUGUUCUUGUUGAUAUAACAGAGUAUGACAAUGGGAAGAGACUAUUGUUCCUUAUGACUAGAUCAGGAAACUUCAGUUUUCAAAGCACUGCAGACUGAUGUGCAAUUAUGAAGAAGAGUUAUAUUUUUCAAUUUCCCUUAUAGACAUGUGUAAGAAGAACAGAAAUGGCAUGCAACAGAGAAGGGGGACCCAAAUCCUAGAUCUGACUAUGCCUAGACUAUUGCUGAGAAAACUGUUAAAACAUACUGUAAUAAAUAAAAAAAUAUAUUCCUAGAAUAAUGGUGUGAGCAGAAGAAUCUUACUUAAUUUAAAUAUAAGGAUUACCAUUUAGUACUUCUUUAAAGGUAUUGACAUGAUAUAUUUUUAUACCUUCUGCAUCAUUUAGAAUGAAUGUGGCAACAGAAAAGAGAAAAUAAAUUAUAAACAGGUUUUUUUUUUCAAUAAAGUUGUCGUCAUCACUGUUUCAUGUGUUACAGCAGAACCACAAGUUACUCUUUUGGAUAUUGAAAAGGACCUUGCAAAUCGGCAUAAUAACUUAGUGCAAGCUCUGUUGAUUUUAGUGUUAGAGAUUCAGGGCAAUAGUAAACAUGUCAAGUUUAUAAUUAACACUUUUACAUAAAUGCUGAAUAAAAGAACAAAUCUCUUGAAGAAAUUAGGAAACUUUUAAAGAAAAGUAAGCUUAAAACUUUCCUAAAUAAGAGUGCUUUCAGAUAAGACUCUUAUUGCACCAUAACCCUGAAAUGCACCUCAUUCGUUGAAUUUUAUAAGGGGGGUUUCAUACACUGUCUUCUAUGCAUAGCUCUUUGUUCUCCUACUGAAAGUCUGUUUAAAAAAAACAAAAGCCAAAAUAGCUACCGAACUGUGGCAUGAUAUCUUCUGUUUGAUAGCCCUGCAACCUAAAAGUAUCCAAAUUCAGCUGUAAUGAAACCAUCACUUCCAGCU